AUGAAGAAAACCAUAUUGAUUAUCGGCGGAACAGGCGCCCAAGGCGUACCAGUUGUUAAAGAAAGCAAAGCCUUAGCCUCUAAUAGAAAGUUUAACUUGCGCAUAGUCACACGAAAUGCUUCAUCAAAAGACGCCCAGGAUUUGGCAGCUAUCCCAGGAGUAACAAUCCAUGAAGGAAACGCCUACGAUGAACCAACUCUUCGUCAGGCUCUCAAUGGCGUUAACGGAAUCUUUGUCAACACAAAUGGACUUGCCAUCGGGGAAAAGGCUGAGGUAUACUGGGGCAUCCGUCUCUAUGAACUGUCUCGAGAAUUCGGCUUGGAGCACUUCGUGUACUCAAGCGUUGAGUAUUCAUCCAAGCUUGGCAAUUUCCAAUCUAAAUACCGAUCUUUUCUCGAUGCAAAGGGAAAAGUGGCUGAUUACAUCUCCGCGCAACCAACAACCCCGAUGGCUUGGUCGGUUUUAACAGCUUGUACAUACGUGGAGUCUUUGACGGAGCUUCUUCGACCAACUCCUGACCCCAGCGACCCGACUACGCUUGUUUUCGCUGCUCCUCUUGGGUCAGCGAAAUUCCCUCUGAUGCAUCUUGAGGACUAUGGAAAAUAUGUACGAUGGGCUUUCGACACGCCGGCUCGCAGCAAUGGUAUCAAUCUGCACAUUGGCACAGAAGACGUCAACUGGAGUGAUCUUGCAGCCACUUUCACUGAGCUGACAGGCAAGAAAGCGGUAUACAAAGACUUCACCCUAGAUGAAUACUUUAUCCGGGGAACUGUGCCAGAUCCAGAGAGAAAGGUUGGCCAUUCAGCCGAUCCCAACGAUCCCACUUUGCUCACCUACAGGCAAAGCUACGGCGGGUUCUGGAACUGUUGGAAGGAUGAGCUGAGCAAGAGAGACUACGAUCUGCUUGACGAGAUAUUGCCUACUAGAGUCAAGUCCGUCCGAGAAUGGAUGAUAAAGACGGGUUACACAGGAGAAGCAAAAUCGGUGCUGAAAGAUUACAGAGAUAGAACUGUGGUGCGAAAAGUUAGCAACAUGCCAUAA